AUGGCCGCCAGCACAUAUCUGUCAGUCCUCGCCGCGGUCGUCGCCUUGAUGGUCGGCGCGGUGUACCUGUUCGGCGUCCCUCCACAGUGGAAGCGCGCAAUGGAAGACAAGGCUCUCGAGACAAUGGGCGAGAACAAGGCCUCGUACUUGGUCAAGAGUAUGUACAUUCUACUCUGUUAUUGCUGCAUACAUGUUGCUAACAUUGCUCUUCUCUUGCANGACCAAAUCAACAGCCUUCCCGCGUCCGAUCAGAAGGAGGUGAGCGAGCUCAAGUCAGGAGUCGGCAAUCUCGUCGGAGGGGUAAUGCAGAACCCGAUCGGCAAAGAGGCAGGAGAAGUGGGAGACACUCUUACUAGUCCCUUGACUGGUCGUUGA